AUGUCAAAGUCAACCUUAACAAACGAAAAACCCAUCUGUAGCGUUUCAAUUUUACUAGCUUCGUCCGUGUCUCUCAUCGAUCAAGUAUCUACUCUAUAUAGUCAUUCUCCUUCUGAUUAUCCAAUGCAUGAAGGCUUUGGCGCCCCAUUGAAGCUUGAGACGAAGAACAACAAGUUCUGUGGACAUCUUCUCUCGCGGCUUAUACUCCCAAAAACAAAAAUUACCUCAUCUUGUGCGAGUUUGAGCGUUCAUCAACAAAAAUCCGUGACCGUAGGAGACUUUUACUCUCUUCGAUUUUUCAAUUCAGAUUGCAAUAGAAGAUGGGGGCAGGCAAAAAGCACACUUUUGACCCAUACCAUUAUUUACAAGAGAAAUUUUUAUGCAACCGUUGACAUGAUAGUUGUUGUACAAUAUCAGCAUUGA